AUGAUCUCCUGGGGUGCAGCCUGGGUGGCCGACGCUGACGAGGACGAGGAAGAGGACGAGGAAGAGGUCAAGGAAGAGGACGAGGACGAGGACGAGGAUAGGACGAAGAAGAGGACGAGGAAGAGGACGAGGAAGAGGAAGAGUAAGAGGACGAGGAAGAGUAAGAGGACGAGGAAGAGGACGAGAAAGAGGAAGAGGACGAGAAAGAGGAAGAGGACGAGGAAGAGGACGGAGAAGAGGAAGAGGACGGAGAAGAGGAAGAGGACGGAGAAGAGGAAGAGUAAGAGGACGAGGACGAGGAAGAGGACGAGGACGAGAAAGAGGAUGAGGACGAGGAAGAGGACGAGGAAAAGGAGAGGAAGAGGACGAGGAAAAGGAGAGGAAGAGGACGAGGACGAGGACGAGGACGAGAAAGAGGACGAGGAAGAGGACGGAGAAGAGGAAGAGUAA